GUACCAUUUCGAACUGGGAAGUGAAUUUUUACAUGUAGUCUCUUCAAACUUUCUCAAUCAAAAUGUCAAAGAAGGAAUUGCCUUCGUUUGAUGAACUUCAAAUGUGGAGUGUCAUUAAUGUUGCAGAUUGGCUAAAAGAGGCUGGAUUUGAAGACUGUGUAAACCCAUUCAUGGAUGCAAAUGUGGAUGGUGUGAAACUCUCACAAUUAUCAGAACAAGAUCUUUUAUACAUGGGAAAAGUUCCCCUUGCUCAAAGACGGAAAAUUCUUAAGGCAGUCAAUGCUGUUGCCAAAACAGAAAACAAACCAACUAAAGGUUUGGCUUUCCGUCUUUCUGUCUCUGACAAGCUGUCUGAGAUGUCAGAAAGUCUUUCUGAAACAGUGACCAGAAUUGGUAAACUAGGCAACAAGCUAGGUAUAGGCAAGCCAGCACCUCCACCAAAAGAUUUCAAGCCAGAGAGUAAUAAUAACAAUGAUGAUACGUAUGACUGGGACUCGGAUGAAUGGGAAGACGGUAUGGAUGACACAGAGGGAGGUUUUGAGGCAGCUAAUAAGAAGUAUCUUGAAUUGGAGAGAGAUUCACAAGUUGGUUUGGGCCAAAAUCUUGAUGCUGUAGCCAGUGUAGAAGAAAGCUUUUACCUAGAUGCUCAGGAGAGACCCACCAUUUUUGCUAGAUUAGCUAGCAAUCAAGGUAAUACUGGAGCCAAAAAUAUUUGUCUAGAUACGGUCUUAAUUUUAAGACCAAAAUUCUCUACUUCUGUUCAGUAUAUUUUUGCAGAAGUCCAUUUAAAGUUGUUUACUCAAUACUGGUUUAUCUAGGGUCAAAGAAAGAUAUUUUAAGUAUUGGAAAAGGAAUCCAGAAGUAUUUUUCAAAAGAACAGAUUCUUUGUAAAGUUAUUCUUGUUAAAAAGACAAUGAUAUAUAAAGGGUCAAAAGGUAAAGUGAAUUAACAACAAUUUCAUCAAUUUCUUAAAGUGGGUUGUUAAUUUAUAUUUUCUCAAAACCAGCUUAUUAGGUUAUUCUUUUGGCAUUAGAAUGAAUUUUGUGUAAGAGUUUUAAAUGUCAGACAGAGAUGUACCAAGAUUUCUUAAUGAAAGUGAGAGUUCAUAGUCUUAGUACACUGUCUCUAUCAGUUGACCUAUAAUUUUAUUGUGAGUUUGGGAAAGUAGGAUGUUAAAAUAUGAAAAGGUAAGAAUUCAGUAUAUGAUGACUCAUGCAGAUUACAAUUUAUGAUUGAAGUAUUCAGAUUAUUUCGAUUGGAAG